CUAAUAAAGGUUGGUUGGAGUUGGGUGGCUUUCCCUUUCGGUAAAUACAAAUACGCCCAACAGCUCCCAACUCUCAAGCUCCAGGCGGUUAUUGCAACACUUCCCUCCCUCGUAUCCUCCGCCCUUCCCCCCUGCCUUUCCCUUCUUAUUUUCCCCUCCACCCUCAACCUCCAUUUCAUUUCCUCUCUCUUUCUAAGCCCCCAAACAAGAGGCGACGCUGGUACCGCGGGGAAACAGAGACAAUAAUGUCUUUCGCCACCACCAAGUUCGCCCACCCCAUUCCUCUCAGCACAACCGCCGCCAGAUCCAAUGACCACAAGCCUUUUCUCGACCCUUUCAAAGCAACACGUUUUCUCGGAUCCACUCACAAGUUUCGCUUCCAUCCUCUGACGAAUUCCAAUCACACUAAUAUCCAUCGUCGAUCCGCCGUGGUCGCGGUAUCCGACGUCCUCAAGGCAAAGAAGCCCAAAUCCACCUCCAAUCUGCUGAUCACGAAAGAAGAAGGCUUGGAACUCUAUGAAGACAUGGUAUUAGGCAGAGCUUUUGAGGACAUGUGUGCCCAGAUGUAUUACAGGGGAAAAAUGUUUGGUUUUGUUCACCUCUACAAUGGCCAAGAGGCUGUGUCAACUGGGUUUAUCAAGCUUUUGAAAAAGGAAGAUUGUGUGGCCAGCACAUACCGUGAUCACGUACAUGCACUGAGCAAAGGGGUCUCACCUCGUGCUGUGAUGAGUGAACUCUUCGGAAAGACCACGGGAUGUUGUCGCGGCCAGGGUGGUUCAAUGCACAUGUUCUCUAGUGAGCACAAUGUACUUGGCGGUUUUGCCUUCAUUGGUGAAGGGAUUCCCGUGGCCACAGGUGCAGCAUUCACCUCCAAAUAUAGGAGGGAGGUUUUGAAAGAGGCAGAUUGUGAUCAUGUGACUGUGGCAUUUUUUGGAGAUGGGACUUGUAACAAUGGGCAGUUCUUUGAGUGUUUGAACAUGGCAGCAUUGUGGAAAUUGCCAAUUGUGUUUGUUGUGGAGAAUAAUCUGUGGGCUAUUGGGAUGUCACACUUGAGAGCAACCUCGGAUCCAGAGAUUUGGAAGAAGGGGCCAGCAUUUGGGAUGCCGGGUGUUCAUGUUGAUGGCAUGGAUGUUUUGAAAGUGAGGGAGGUGGCUAAGGAGGCAAUUGGAAGGGCUAGAAGAGGAGAAGGGCCAACAUUGGUGGAAUGUGAGACAUAUAGGUUUAGAGGGCACUCAUUGGCUGAUCCAGAUGAGCUUCGUGACCCUGCUGAGAAGGCACACUAUGCCACUAGAGAUCCCAUCACAGCAUUGAAGAAAUAUAUGUUUGAGAACAAUCUAGUCAGUGAACCAGAGUUGAAGGCAAUCGAGAAGAAGAUAGAUGAGGUGGUUGAGGAGGCUGUUGAGUUUGCAGAUGAGAGCCCUCAUCCAGGUCGCAGUCAGCUAUUGGAGAAUGUGUUUGCAGAUCCAAAAGGUUUUGGAAUCGGACCCGAUGGCCGGUAUAGAUGUGAAGAUCCCAAAUUCACCGAAGGCACUGCUCAUGUGUAAUCAAUCCCUUCAAGCUUGGAGGUUGAGCAAUCUGCUUCUUCUGGCUUUCAGUUCAUGGUUGUAGUAUUUAUGUUUAUUUACUUCUAGCUAUCACUAGUAAACUUAUGAAACAGUGUCAGCUUUUCUAAUGUAAGCAGGAUUUGUUCUUUCGUUUGCAUUAUGUAUUUCCAAUUUUGGAUUUUGCCCUUUUUCUAAAAUGUCAUGUCAGAUAAGCAAGUGUUUGGAAUGGCAAAUUCCAAAAGCCCAGUUUGCAUACUCUGUUUGUAGCAAAAUAUUAUAUAAUUUUGCAUUUAUCAGGUCCCCUUUUAUCUUUA